AUGACACAAUACCUGGUUGAGGAAGGCUUUGCGGAACGUGGCAAAAUUGGAUGCACACAACCACGUCGUGUUGCGGCAAUGUCCGUCGCGAAACGUGUAGCUGAAGAAGUUGGUUGUCGUUUGGGAGAAGAGGUCGGGUAUACUAUUCGAUUUGAAGAUUGCACUAGUCCUAGUACGAAAAUUAAAUAUAUGACAGACGAAACCCUUAAAAAUCGGCCUGAGCUCAAAGUAAUUGUCACCUCCGCUACACUGAAUGCCGAAAAGUUUUCGGAAUACUUCUUUAAUUGUCCGAUUUUCAGUAUUCCAGGACGUAAAUUUCCGGUUGAGAUUCUUUAUACCAAGGAGCCCGAAA